AUGAUUGUCACUCUCGUCUGCUUCUCAAUGUCUUCUGCUAUCACAUUUGCCGUGUACGCAAACGCCGUACCUCGCUUUCGGUGCAAAAUGGAGACAGAGGUGGAGGAAAUCCUCGCUAAGUGUACUGAGAGCUUUCACGAAGCUGCAGCACUAAUAGGACCCUGGCCCAAGGAUCCUAAUGACGAAGGUCUACAUCAGGGUCAGUACGGAUGUCGCCGUUACCAAGUGAACAACCGAACCAUUUAUUUGAAGAAAAUUCUCGAGAAAAGGACUGUGCUACUCUCAGAGAAUAGCAGCACAGAGGUCUGUCCACAUGGACAUGUGUUUGAUCCAUGGGAGCACCAGUAUCCAGGUGGCAUUGUGGCAGAUUGGGACCUCGUCUGCGAGGAAGCUUGGAAAGUACCCUUUACUUCGUCAAUGUACAUGGUCGGGAUGAUGAUAGGUUUCGUGCUGGGCGGUGUAUGUGGAGAUCGUCUGGGACGGAGGAAGACCAUCUAUAUGGCCACCUUUUUAGAAUGUGGAUUCGGUCUAGCGGUUUCCUUUUCACCCAACUACGUCGCCUAUGUUGUCUUGCGAACACUUCUAGCAAUGAGCUGUACAAUAAAAGUGACCUCAAUUAGCGUAUUUCUAGUCGAGAUGACGAACGCCCGAUACAGGUCCAUUUUUGGCGCUCCUUGGUCUAUAUAUUUUAACUUUUUAUGCCGGUCGGUCCAUGCUUUGGCGGCCAUGUACAUACAUAACUGGCGAUACCUGCAUUUGCUUGUAGUCGCACCGCCGUGUUUCGGAGUCUUUGCCCUUUACUUUCUGCCCGAAUCACCCCGAUGGCUUGUUUCAAAAGAUCGGUUAGAUGAAGCUGUUUCCACACUCUACAAGGCCUACAGAAUCAACCAUUUAGUAUGCAAUAAAGGACGACCAAUCAUGACCAGAAAUGAGUUCAAUAAGGAACUAAAUUACGAACCAAAACCGAUGCAGAGUAAAUCCACGCUUCAAGCCAUCAGUGAACGCUGCAGGCUGUGUAUUCAAACUUGCGAUAAGAGAAUAUGUUCUAAAGUUUUUAAGGUUAUCAAAGGACCCUAUCAGACGGGCGAACUGGCCAAGCGCAGCAUCAUAUCUACCUGCAUAUUUGCUGGACAGUUGUGUUGCUUCUUCGGCCUUCUCUUCUACACCCGAAUUAUUCGUGAUUCCAUUUAUUUAAUAUCGUUUAUAAACGCCUUGUCAUCACUGCCGGCUACAUUCCUCUCUUCGAUAAUCUACAGUUGUGUUCGUAGCCGCCGUAGGCCGCUGCUGGUCCUCUACUCAGUGGCAGGUAUCAUACUACUCAUUGGCGGUCUCUAUACGGUCAUUCUGCAACCCUCAUCAGAGAUGGCGCUCAUUGUCUGUUGUAAUCUGGCACUUGCAGUGCUAGGUGCCACGUUCAAUAUGAUUUUUAUCUACAUACCGGAACUUUUUCCCGCAACCAUGCGGACUGAGACGCUGGGUAACGCCUCUGGACUGGGUCGAGUGGGCAGUAUCAUAAGCAGCUUCAUUAAUGAAUUGGAUAAGAAAUUUAGGCAUGGUCUUCCGGUCGUCAUCUACGCCACGGUUACACUUACUGUGGUGCUUUUACUGUGCUGCAUGCCGGACACUACGGGAGCUAACAUAAAGGACAAACUGGAGGACGACCAAUCCGAGGCGGAGGUCGAAGCCUAA